AUAAUCAGAUGAAUCAGAUGGCAAAGCCCCCGGAGUUUCCCAAUAUGCCUCUCAAGAAGACUCGUGAUCUGAAGGCUUUGGAGGAAAAGCUUGAUGAACCACUUUAUGCCGAUUAUUUAAGAAAAAGACUGGCGACAUUGGGUGGCACUACCAUAAAACACGCCACAACGAAUAUGAUGAAAUUCCUCCUGACAAAUAGAUGUGCCAGAAAAUUCAGUUGGGCUGGCCAAAAAUCAAAACAAUCUUUUCAAUCCUUAAAAUGCUGCAGAAAAUUGAUUGAGGCUGUAUAUGUUCUUUUCGAAAGUGAAACGCCAGCAGACUUAAAUGAUGCCGUCAUAAAACGGGCCAUUCAAGACUGGUUACGACUAGCCAAUCAACGCUAUGAAUUUGAAAGGAAUAAAAACAAAUAA